GGUUUGACAGCUGAGGCAACGUUGUUGUUGACGGACAGGGCGCUCACACACAUCCGAAAUAAAAACAUCAGAUUCCGCUAGGAACGUACACACGCGCGCGUGCAAUAAUGACUUCGGCAUUCAGUUCCGGCGAUAGUAUAAUACAAAAUCAAUCGCCAGACACCGCAAAUGCGGACCGAGUAGAGCUGCACGACAUCUGGAAUGAUACGGAGAAGCAACGGUGCUUACGAUGGGUCGAAAAACACAGCCUGAAACGGAUUGCGUUACAACUUCCGGACAACCUGCUGCACCAUUGUGUGGAGAUCGUGCGCCAGCUACAGUCCGAGACGGCCGACGAAUUGCAGAUCUUUGUGCUCGCCGACACAUCGUACGGUAGUUGCUGCGUGGAUGAGGUUGCAGCGGCCCAUGCAAACGCUGACGGUAUAAUCCACUUCGGACACGCCUGUCUCAGCAAGGUUGCCCGCAUUCCGGUGCUGUACGUGUUCUUCCAGUACUCCGUCGAUGAAGACCACCUGCUCGCCACGCUUUCGAGCGAGUUUGCUACCAGCAAUGCGCGGGUGACCUGCUUCUAUGAGGUUUGCUACGCGAAUGCAGUGGCAAAGUUGCGUGAAAAGCUAGUCGCCCGUUUCCCGAGCAUGGUGGUGGCCGAUUUACCGGAAGACAAUCAGAACGCUGACAUACUCUGCUGGAAGCUAGAUGUGCCGCACAACUCGAACGACACGGUACUGUACAUCGGUCGGGAUAAUUUAAGCUUCUUCAACACCGCCGUAGCUCUCGAAGCAUCGUCACAGUGCUGUUUGUACGAUCCAACGAAACCCGAUCCACAGCUGGAACGGAUCGAUCCGGUCGGUGCGAAAUGGUUACGGCGGAGAUACUACGCCAUCGAGCGAUGCAUGGACGCCGGUUCGAUUGGGAUCGUUGUGGCUACCCUGUCCACCAAGGGCUAUCUGGAGAUUGUGUCCCGUGUGCAGCGGCUAGCAAAGGCACGUGGCGUUCGUACGUAUCUCAUCUCGAUCGGGAAGGUAAAUCCCGAAAAGCUGGCGAAUUUCGUCGACAUCGAUUGCUUCGUGUUGGUUGGAUGUCCGGAAAACGAUGUGUUUACAUCGCGUGAUUUCUUCCGACCGUUGCUGUCCGUGUUCGAGGCAGAGAUGGCAUUCAAUAAGACGUGGAAGGAAAAGCUGCUCAGUUGCUACACGACAAACUUUACCGAUCUACUGCCCGAUGGGCGUCUUUACACGGAUGUGGAGCAAACGCAGCCGGCUAGUGCGAAUGAGGACGCGAAUGAGGUGCCGGAUGUUAGUUUGAUCACGGGUAAAACGAGACAUCACAGGACGGUGGACAGUGCGACGAUGGAGAUGGAAAAUGGAACGUGUACGGAUGUGGCACCGAAGGGUAGAAACGAGCUGGCACAAAUUAGUUCGGCCGAUCAGUUUACGAGCCGAUCGUGGCAAGGUCUGGAGCAAAAGCUUGGACAGGAUGUUCCGGCCGUCAUUGAAAUGGGACGCUCUGGGAUUCCUAUCAAGUAUGAAAAUGAAACGAACCAGACGCAGUAAUUAUCAUUAAAGCUUUUAAAACAUACGGGACGGGCGCCUUUUAGCUCAACGGAAAAUGUUAUUCUUGCAAAGCAAUGAAUUGUAUAAACCUAUCCUAG